UCUCGCGUCAUUUGAUUUUAUCACCAAUUCACCAUCGUCAUACUACUUUUUCUGCGCUGCGCGGCUAUUGUUAUUGUCGCUCGUUGUUGUAACCCAACGUUGGGAGCGCUGCUGACGAACGAGAAAAAGGAAACCAAUACACCGUGCCACCGUGAACAGAAAGCAAGGAGCGCUGCUGGUCGAAUUCGGUUUUGUGCGGAGAAGACGUGUCGCGGGACCGCGAGCAAAAAAAACCCUUCGCUAGCCUGUGGUGAACUCUGUGUGUGCAGGCGGUGCAGUGAAAUUGCGUCUCCGCUGGUCGUCUGCCGCCAGCAGCGGCUCAACAAAUAUUGAACAUUCUGCUCCUAUCUCGGGGAAGAAGCGCUCUGGGGAGGCGGGUGCUGAAAACCGGAUCCCUUGGGUAGUUGUGACGCGCGGGUCGGGCUAACAUAGUCCAUAUGGGGCGUAUCGCGUAGUGUCGCAAGACGAGCAGAAGCCGCAGAAUAACUAUUGCCACACGUGUGUUGAAUUGAAGCGACCGUCUCAUCGCAUUUUUACAUUGAAAUAUUGUUCAGUGCGUACAAGUUUGUAACUAGCAAGAGAGAGAGAGAGAGCUGAAUGGUGUAGGUCGUGUUACGUGCCUCGGAUCUAUGUGGAAAGCGGCACGGGCAGUUGCUUUACAUUGUAGCCGCCUGUACGAGCUGCCAAACUGCGCUGGAAGAGUGAAAGUGAACGAUUUGUGUGAAGCCGUGCAAUCCAACAAGAUUUAUUUUAUUUGCUUUCAUUUCCGGCGCCAGUGGUGAACUAGUGCAGUGUUUUUCCCUCCCUCCGAAAUGUGUUCCGCGUACCGGAUUGCACGUGGAGUAACGUGCCGGGAUACCCUUCCCGCCAUGGCCACCAUCAUCGUGCUCAUCAUGUCCAGCUUAGUGCGUACGGCCAGCGGUUCCAGCUACCGGAUAGAUUUGAAAUCCUCCGGAUCUGUUGUUCUAGGACUGAACAUGACGAUCCAGUUCAGCGCCGUACUGUACACGGAUGGGGCCCUGGUUAAUGAUAAUUAUGUCGUCGACUGGUCAGACAACACUUCUCCGCAACAUACGCUAGAAGGUCUUACGUCGCAAAGCCCACACUUUAAUUGGACGGUGAUGUACGCACAUCCGGUAAAGCCCGGCACGUAUAAGGCAACGAUCCGGGUGAAGAAAACGUUCGUCGUGAUACCAUACGAGCUUGCGUCGGCAUCGGUGACGUUCAAUCUAACCAGUAUGCUGAACGGCGAACUUCAACUGAUACAGAACGACACGCUGAUCAACAGUACGUAUGUGUCGAGCACGGUGCCGGUCAACCAAUCGAUUACCCUAUCCGAUUCUGACCGGCGCGCCCUAGCAAAGGCAGCGUACGUGCAGACGUUCUGGUUCAUCAACUGCCAGUACAUUGGCACCUCCGACGAGCUGUCCACGUUGAGCAACUUCACCCAGGAAAACAAUACCUACUCGAUAGAGGCACUGGUCGUUGCAUCCUUCGAGAAGCUGCCAGAGCCAACGACGACAACCACAACUACUACGACAACUACUACUACUACAACCACCACCACUACUACUACUACCACCACAACAACUCCGGCGACCACUACCAGCACGAGCACCACCACUACUACGCCUACUCCACCAACAACAACAUCCACAACGCCUUCCACUACAACCAGCACUACACCAAAGUCUACUACCACAACAACGAAGCCGCCAGCGAGCAAUGACAUUUCUGCGCUAACGAAUCAUCCGAGUGAGCUAAGAAGCAAACGAGGAGCUGCAGAACGAUCCAAGCAAGCGGCGAACGCCCUUGACUCUAUCAGUCCCGUCCUGUUGAAUCUUACCGAUCGAAACAAUAUUAUCCUGCCAGAUGUUUCGAAGGAAACGCCACUGGAAGCGUCAACGCUUGACGAGGAUCCGUUCGUACGCGUGGCAAAGAAAUCGGACCGGUUUUACAACUUGCAGGAUGCACAUCAACCGUUCGUAUGCGACAACAGCUCGAUGGUGGCACCGGAUCCGAAGAAGGUGUACGGCUACUUUCAGCGAACCUUUACCGUGCAGCAUCCGAUUGCACAAUUUAACGUUUCCGGACAGCAGUGGGUGAAGCAAGGCCAGCCCGUCGAUCUUGUGUUUCAGUGUAGCGGUACACCUCCGUUCGAGUUCUGCUACAAUUUGAAUCAUGGCCAGCACAACAUGACCAGCAACGAGACGUGUAAGGGCGACUGGGAACCGUCCAGUACGGCCGAGUGUCGCUACAAGAUACAUCGCUUCUUCUUCACCAACGAUCAGUACUCGAUCGUCAUCUUCGUUCGGAACCGUGUGUCGAACUACUUUACCCAGAUCGGCAUUCAGUUUUACGAAAAUCAACAAAAGUCGCAACUGUCGGUGAUAAUCGUGCCGAUCGGGUUCUGCCUGCUGGCCGUGCUGAUUGUGGUAUACGGAAUGGCGUAUUACAUUCAAAACCGGGACCGGUUCAUCGUUGAGGUCGCCGACUUUAACUUUGGCGAUACCAGCUCGCUGGAUGACGACAUGGAGUACAAAACGUUUCACCAGCGGCUAGUGGACAGUUUACGGGAUUCCGUCCGUGUGCCGCGCUUCAACUUCCGGCGCUCGAGCGCUCACGACGUGGACGACGUUUCACCAUCGUCCGGUGCGGCCGGUGAGUCAUCGCUACGGUAUGGUUCGAUGACCUAAACACGCCGAGCAGGUAGGUUAUGCUUCGUUUUUAAAUCCGAGCGUAUCCGAGCUGGCAAGUCAUGUAGCCCGCGCGAUUACGAUCUAGCAGCAAUCCCUUCUUCCUUUAAGAUGGGGAACUAUUGAUGGGAAAAUCGAGUCAAUUCCGUGCGCAAAUCCGCCGCCACCACAGUGAGUGGUUGGUAUGUUGGUUUAAAACCCCCGCUGAACAAACGAAAGCUAUGGAUUGGAUUUGUUAGUAUAUAUAUAUAUUUUAGCACACAAAUGAAAGCGGAUUACCAUAUAAAGCUGAUAUAGUGUAGCAACGGGAAAAAAGAGUUUAUUAAUAUAUCGAAACAAAAUGGCUUCGCAGUGGAGGCAGACACGCAAACCCAGAGUACUUGCGCGCAUUGUAUUGCACAACCCCAAUAAUUGCAUUGGAAAAGAAUCAAAAUUAUAAGACUGCUGUUGUUUGUUUUGUUUUCCGACGUCGCUUUCGUUUUCAUUUAGCCAUACUUUUGUUUUAGCGAGCGUGCAACACAAUUCCAGUUGGGCUAGAGCGCUCGCGCGCACCCCCCUGUUUUUGCGAUAUAUAAAUCAAAUUAAUAUUCAAUGCAGCAGCAGUUCGGGGGUUGCAACACCGAGCAGAUCAGACCGGUGUUUCGCGUGUUUCGAUCCGGUUACGAGGUUUUCCUUUCUCCUACUUUCAUAAUCGCCGCGCGGCACUAGUGAUAGGCAGAGGAUGGGUGGUAAUACAUUAAUUACAACACCCCGCAGAUAGAGCGUCGAAACAGUGGCGGUAAACCACGCGACAGCUAAACGGGAAAAGCAAAGAAAAGUAUGCAAUUUACUUUACUAAUCGAUCAACAAAGUAAUGUCAUAAACUCUUUACAUAUUGUGAUACUGAUGCAUCUUUGAUUUAUUUUAUGCAAUUAUAUUUUAAGACACGCGAGAUGCACACAUGCAAAUAUUCCCUUUCUGUUCCGUGCAACAACAAAAAAAAAGAAAACAAAAAUGAUUCCAAAAAGAAAAUCGGGAAAGGAGUAGAUUACACAACUGCCAAAGGAAAAGGUUGGCUAAUUCAAAUGAAUUAUUUGGAAGGGAGCGAUCAAUUUUUCGUACAAACCGUUCAUUAUUGCAUCCGUUAGAUUUGAUUGCAUUGGAGGAACGUAAACGCUCGAAUCAUGUGCAGAUUGGCAGUUUGUUCAAGUCAAAAACUAGUGGUAGAAGAGUAUCCUGACCCGAACGUGGAACAGGAGUCCGGUUUGGGGAUAGAAUAGAGUAAUCGGCACAAAAAGUUAUCUGUGAGCUGCAUGAUGUGCUGGUGUAAAAAAAAAAAACAAAAAAUAAGACAGUAAAUAUAGUAGGUAACUUUUUUCGGAACCCUUGGGACAGAGUGGCACUAUGGCAACCGCACGGGUUUACCUAAAGAAAAAACAGGGUAUGUGUGUGGGCCUGUAGAGGAGCUGUAGAUCCCAUUGCUGGAUCUCAUCCAAUCAGCGAACGGCACGGUGUGCGGGUAAACGCGGAGCCGCAAGAGAUAGUAUAUCAAGAUAUGUUAAUGAAAAGUACAUUAGUCUAAUAAAAAUUACGAAUCAAUA